UCGAGUUACUAACAUGGCCGUCAACAGGGAGUGAGCCCAAGGAUUAUGAGACGGACAUUAUUUAGAUAUUUUACAGACCUUUGAUGAUUUACGCUGACACCAUCGGAUCGUUGAUGUUGCAGAUCAUUACCAUCCACUUGAAUGUGAGUAAAGAGAAGCCCCACCCUCUCACUGUCUACAGCUUCCUGAGGGUCAUCUCCAGCAGUGACCACCUCCCCCCAGACUGGCAGUACCUCCAGGUGCAGCGAUUUUGGAGGCCACAGUUGCCUUCCUCUGCCAGCAGGGUCGGCAUUGGGACGGCAUCGGAAGUGACUGCCGGCCCUGGGCAUCUCGACAGAGUAUGGUGAGAGACAGUGGUUGCCAUGGAGCUACAGGAUAAGAAACAGGAGGAGGCGACUCCACUGGGACUGUCCACGACUCAGGCUCUCUGCACCCUACGGGACCAGCUGUCCAACUUACUGGGACAACACCAGAAAUUCAGCCCACGCAGAUCCACUAUUCGGGAUCUGUGGGCUAAGAGCUUCCUUCACCACGACAACCGCCACUCAUGCUUUCAUUGGCCAGGAGCUGUCCUCACACUGGUCGUGGUGGUCGGGCUGUUGUGUUGUCACGGCAGCCAGCCGAAGGGCAGCCAGGGCAUAGAGAUGGUGAACGCGGGCGCGCUGUUCCUCCUCCUGAUGUUGAACCUCUUCCUCAUCGGGCGGCAGCAGAUGUUACGGAUGAGUGAGAUGGUGCGGAGGCUCAAGUCCAUUAUCUCACAGCUGAACGAUUAUUUGGAGAGAAGUGCAGGACAUCCUAAUAGAUGGGCUUCGUCUCUGUACCCUGAUCUUUACACCCCCAUCUCCCCUUCCUGGUCUCUGCAUUGGACAUUCAGAGAUGAGCGAUUGGUCAAUGUACCUGUCAGUCUCCUGGUGGAGGGUGAUGUCAUCGCUCUUAGACCAGGCCAGGAAGCCUUUGCAUCCCUCAGAGGAAUUAAGGACGACGAACACAUCGUGCUGGAGCCAGGAGACCUUUUUCCACCCUUCUCACCUCCCCCCUCCCCACACGGGAACGAACGGAGGGGCCCCCACAGUCCUCAACAGUACCGCCUUUUCAGGGUUGUGCGCACACCUGUGCUCGACAGCAUCAGGAACAGUCUUGACCUUGCUCUUUCCCGCCCAAUCACUGCUCUUGAUAAUGAACGGUUUACGGUGCAGUCCAUCAUUGCAAAGUUUGCUUGCCCUGCUGUAUUGGUGGCCUUUUUUACUAUUAACACAAUUCGUUACUUCUGUGACACUCCUGGUCUCACGCCUGGACCCUUCAACUUCCUCCAGUUGCAGAUGAUGGGUGUAUUGCCCAUUUUACCUCUUCUGUUUCCUGUCAUGUGGGUUCUGGUCAAUGCGUAUGGAGAGGCAAGUGUGUUAGCCGAGUCCAGACGUAACUCUCCAACUGGCCUGCUUGCUAAGUUCUCUGAGGACACUCUAAGCAGCUACACGGAAGUGGUGUCCUCCCAGGAGAUGCUGCGCUGUGUGUGGCGACACCUGGUCAGCCAGCUGAAAGGAGAAUCCAAGACCCUUUGUUAUACCUCAAGUCUUCUGCACUCACUGGGUUCAGUUACGGUGCUGUGCUGUGUGGAUAAGCAGGGCAUUCUCUCCUGGCCAAACCCGAGUCCCGAGACUGUGCUGUUUUUCAGUGGACGGGUCGAACCUCCCCAUGACAGCCAGGAUGACCUCAGAGAUGACCUCUCAGUCAGCUCCAUCUGCCGGACGGAGGGCGAUGAAGACAGAGAUGAGGAAGGUGAAGCAUUGCUUUGUUUGCCCACGUUUGAACCCUCCCUUCACAUGGCUGAGCAGGAGCCCAGCGAGACGUCACAUGACACAGCCCGAUCCUCAGACACACAGCGGCCACGACGAGGACCCCAGACCACUCGCUCCAAACACCCGUCUGGCUCCAAUGUCAGUUUCAGUCAUGACACAGAGGGUGGAGAAGACAACAUUGCCCAGCCAUGCGGUGUGAGUGACGGUAUGUGUGAAGCCGAAGAUUUUGUGUGCGAUUAUCACCUGGAGAUGUUGAGCCUGUCCCAGGAUCAGCAGAAUCCCGUCAGCAUCCAGUUUGAUGACUCCAGCUGGCAGAACCACCUUCCAUCUCUGAAGCCCCUGGGACUCAACAUCCUGCUGAACCUCUGCAACGCCACCAUCACCCAGCAGCUCUGCCGAUUCUCAGACCAUCUCUCCAACCAGGCGCUGCAGGAAUGCCACGGGGCAGUUUUGCCCGUUCACGUUCCCUGGGGCCUCUGUGAACUGUCUCGCCUUAUAGGUUUCACUCCAGGAGCAAGGGAACUGUUUAAGCACGAGAACCAUUUAGCGCUGUACCUGAUCCCCUCUAGAGAAAACGCCAAAGAAUCCGCCCCACGGCGCCUCCAGAACUUCACCAAACGCCAGCCCCCCAUCAGUCACCUCAUCAGCCUGUUCGUCAGGGACAGCACUACCAACAAUGUCCAGAUGCUCUCCCAUGGCUCGGCCGACCUCAUCCUGGAAGCCUGCACGGAUUUCUGGGACGGGGCGGACAUCUACCCUUUGUCUGGCUCUGAUAGGAAGAAGAUUUUAGAUUUCUACCAACGUGCCUGUCUGUCAGGAUAUUGUUCUGCUUUUGCCUAUAAGCCUAUGCAGGUGGCACUGUCCAGUCAGCUCAAUGGGAAAUGUGUGGAGUUGUCUUCAGGACCCACGCUCUUCUCUGGGGUGGAGCUUCCCAGCACCACUCCCAUCAAACAUGGCAGUCACAGGAACAGCUGGAGCUCUGAUGAGGGUAUUGGAGAAGGUUUGGAGAAGGAGGACUGUGUGCAGGCCCUGAGCGGGCAGAUCUUCAUGGGCAUGGUGUCGUCCCAGUUCCAGGCUCGCUUGGAUACGGUGCGGCUCAUCGAGAACUUGGUAGGAGCCUGUAUCCGCUUCGUGUACUUCUCCAUGGAGGACGAGCUGCGCAGCAAAGUGUUUGCAGAGAAGAUGGGUUUGGAGACAGGCUGGAACUGUCACAUUUCUCUGACCCCAAACGGAGAUGGUCACUGUGAUGGUGCUCCGUCCAGCCCUAGCCAAGCUGGAUCUCUACAUGACGAUCUUCUGCAGGAUUCUCGCGAUGAUGCCGAGGGGCCACUGUUGCCUGAGGACCAAUCGGAUCUCGCCAGCUUCCAACCUACUGACAGUGACGUUCCCAGUUUUCUGGAAGACUGCAACAGAGCCAAACUGCCUCGUGGCAUCCAUCAGGUUCGUCCUCAUUUGAAGAACAUCGACAAUGUGCCUCUACUGGUGCCACUGUUCACAGACUGCACCCCUGAAACGAUGUGUGAGAUGAUGAAGAUCAUGCAGGAGAACAGAGAGGUGACCUGCUGUUUGGGGAGCUCGGCCAACUUCCGCAACAGCUGCCUGUUCCUGCAGAGUGACAUCAGUAUCUCUCUGGAUCCUCUGUACCCAUCGCGGUGCUCGUGGGAGACGUUUGGCUACGCUGCGGGCUGUGGGCUCAAUGGAGACUCUGAUGAGCUGUCUCCAUUGGGGCUCAGCUCUCGUCUCAACAGUCUCGCUUGCUCUGUGUCCUUCCAUCAGGGAGAGAGCGUCAGUAUGGUCAGACUCAUAGAACAGGCGAGACACACCACCUAUGGCAUUCGCAAGUGCUUCCUGUUUCUACUGCAGUGUCAGCUGACCCUGGUCACCAUUCAGUUUCUAGCGUGCCUCAUUCAGCUGCCCCCUCCCAUGAACAUCACUGACAUACUCUGGCUUUCCUGCUUCUGUUACCCCUUGCUUAGCGCGUCCUUCCUUGGAAAACCUCCCGAUAGUUCAGUGAUGACAGUAGCCACCGGUAAGAAUCUGGACUCAAUACCACGCAAGACGCAGCAUUACUUCCUGGGCUGGUUCCUGUUGAAGUUUGGUCUGACCGUGUUGGUGUAUUUAGUCGGCUUUGGGUUUUCUCUACAGGAAGUGUGUUCAAGAGCAGCUAACAUUACUGAUAACACAACUGCUGCCUGCUCCCACAUACUUACAGCCAGCUCACAGGAUGCCCCUCAGUGGUUUGGUGAAUUAUCCAACGGGCUGCUUCUGAUUCAGAAAAUCAUGGCAGGGUUCCUUGCUUUGCACACAGUUGUCAUCUCUCUGAGCUAUGUGCACCGUUCCCAGCCCCUGUGGAGAAAGAACCCGUUCAGUAACACAUGGUGGUGCCUUACAGUACCUGUGGUGUUGUUGGGGCAGGUGGUGCAAGCUGUUAUAGAUUAUCAUUUGUGGCACGACAGGGAUACACAAGUCUUCACACUGGGCCACAUUCCCUUGAUGGUCUGGCUCUUGGUUUCUGUGUCUGUUGUAAUUGUGGUGCUAAUCAACGAAGCAGUAAAACUGCACGAAAUCAGGGUACGCGUGCGAUACCAGAAGAGACAGAAGCUUCAGUUUGAGACUAAGCUGGGGAUGAACUCUCCCUUCUGAUCUGCAUCUGCAUCUGCACAGCGCUGCACGUUUGUAGAUUAUUGAUCAUUUUAGUGGUGGUGAAGACAAAUCCUGAAUCCUUUGGAUUCCUCCCAGCAGAGCUCUUCCUGCCACACCUCUGAAGGGCGGAGCUUUAUUUCUGCCUAAACGGUCACUGAGGACUUGGUUUUUUAUCGGUGAAAUGUUUUGAUUUAAGCUUUACUCAGUCGAGUUUUGACUUUAGUGAUUUGAGGGACGUUCACCUGCAUGCUGCUUUGGGUUUGGCAGGGUAAUUUAUUGGAGGAUUUUGUUGAGGUCAUUCCUUAAUCCUCCAUGAAACCUCAUAACUGUAGUGCACGAUAGAGUGUAUACCAAAUUUUACAACGGAGGGCUAAAAUAGCAUGAUUUUUUUCUUUUUAUAUUAUCUGUUGUGGAAAUUUUAAUAAUUUCCUUUGUUCAGUCGAAUGUAGAAGGUAAACGAAACGACAGGCCACUCACAUGUUGAGCUUUAGCUGUAUUUUCUCAGUGUUCUUGUUUCUUGCUGAGAUGUUUCAUGCAGUUCUUGACCAUGCAACAAGGGUCAAAAGAGUUUGCAGCCUGGUUAUAAUGUGAAUGUCAUCACCUGAACUUACCUCAUUGAGAUGAGAAAGAUUUAAUUCACUUUUAUUUGUGAUUAUGAUCAAAAUGCACAAGUGCAUUGGAUGUUUUUACUCCCAAGAAUAUAUCAGCCAGAGAAACUUAAAAUUUAGUUGCAGUCAGCGUGGCACACAUAACAUAUGAUCAAUUAUAAAUUAGAAUAUCGAACGCUUGAAUUAUGUCCUCAUACAAAUACGUUUCAGAUGUAUAUAAGUGAACACGCACAUGCUGGGUCGGAUAUAACUGAUUUAUGAACUAGAAUAUUUUAGCCGCUUUUGAGUUUUAUUUGUUGUCUCUGUUUUUACUGUUUAUUGGAAACUCUGAGCUCUGAUCAAAACAGAACAUCUUUUAUGAGAGGAAAAACUAUUCUUUCCAGCUAAAGAAACUUCUCUCUGCAAAGAUAUUUGAAAUAUUUUUACAUCUGUGAUUGACAGCCAGAAUGCACUGAACUUAUUUGCAUGCAAAAAAUGCCUGGUCUGAAAGUGUACAUAAUGUGUAACUAUUAAUGUUUUUUUAUAUUUGUAUUAUUUUUGCAAUUUCUUUUUGCCCAUCUAGUUUUGAGUGUUUAAUGGUAAGGAGAGAUGUUUUGUAGAACAUUUUUUUUCUACCUCUAGCUGAUUGCCUCUGGAGAUUCUAUAAAAUCUGGUCAUUCUAUAAAAUUCUUACUAGUUUUUGUUUAAUUAUCCACGCGGGCUACGAUUGUUGAAUAUAUGGGAUUUUAAUGGAUUGUUUUAAAUAUCAGUAUGUGGUCAACGCUGCAAGUGUAUUUUCUGAUGGUUACCAGCAUUUUCUUCUUUACCAAUACCAAUACUAAUUAUAUAUAUAUAUAUAUAUAUAUAUAUCAAUGUUUUUUGGGGCUAGUGCUCUUUAAGAACCUGCCUUUCGUUUCUUUGUCUUGGGCCACAGUCAUUUCUUUCUGCAUUAUGUACUGAAAGUCUUAUUAAUUUCUUCCCUUUUUGUUCCUGUGCAACUACUGUUUUUGUUUUAAAUAACUAAUCUGUAACCUUACAGAAGCUAGUUAUGGAAUUCACUUUAUAUUGAUUACAAGCUCAUUUUAACUUGUAAUGGUUGCCAUCUUACAGCCUUGUUUAUAAUCAUGUCUGCAUCUAAUGAAUGUCAUAGGCACAGCAUGUUAAUGAAAAUAUGUGGUGCAUUUGUGCUAUGCAUUUUGGAAGGCAUUUUAUAUGCGUGUUACGUCGGCCCAUAUAUUAUAACAUUUUCUUUAGAGGGCUGUUUAGCACCGUUGCUGUAUAACUAAGCUGCCCUUAUUCAAAUCUUAUAACAAAGUAGUCUCUCUAGGGAAAAUUAAGCUACUGUUUAAUUUAUUUUUUCCUUUUUUAAUUGGUGCUGAAUUGGAGGUAUAUGAGGCGAUGUAAAAUAUAGAUAGAUGUAAAAUAACUUAUCAACCUGAAAAGGGUGGUUUUUGUUUUUAAUAAUCACUGAUAUAUUAUGUACAAACUAGAGUAACAGGACACAUGGUCUGAGUUUGUGAGCAGUGGUUUUGUGUGUACAGCAAGGUUUUUGUAAUUAUUUCUGAAAUUAUUUUCUUUCACACUUUUUGAUGCAUGCAUGAGAAAGACCACAGAAUGCAAUGCUGUUUGAUGUUUCUUUAUAGCUUACUCAUUUGCUGAAUAUGUUAACUGGGGUCGUGCAUGGAUUGAAGAUGUUGCUACUUCCCUCAAGUCAAGAUGUAACCACAUCUGUAAGCCAGACAUAUGAAUUUGAGCUUUUUAAGCUGUUCAAAACUAUGUGAAAUAUGUGCCUGGACAACCUGCACUGAUUGAUUCAAUAUACAAAUAUUUGCUAUUUAUGAAUGUUCAUAAGAUUUCUAAAUGUUGUACAGUUUGUAUUUUUUUAAAUGCCUUAAACAUUUACCCUCCAGAUAAUUUGUGAAUCAAUAAUGUUAUGUUAAUAAAUGUCCACAUGCUCUCAAGUCUAAUGUCUAUUUAAUUUGUAAACAGCGUUCGAACAUGAUUUCUGAAUAUUCAAGAGUAGCUGUGCAACCUUUUGUAGUUUACAAGUCUCAGCUAAAAUUAUAGAAGUAUGUGGUACAUUUAUAAAAAUAUGACUUAGUUUUGACCCUUCCAAAAAACAAGUAAAAAUAAAUACGUACA